GUAGCGCUCGCGUCGCCGUCCACUUUCUACGCGCACGCCGAGCGCGCGUGUGGAUGUGAGCGUGCGUGCACGUGAGCGCGCGCGCAUGCGAGCGUGCGCGAACGGAGCCGAGCGGACGAAUGGACUCCGGGCCGCUGAUCGGACCCGGCUUGCCCACGCCGGACCCGGCAACUCCGUGGAACAUGAGCUCCAUCAGACCGCCGCACCGGCUUAUGGAGCUGCUCCCGGUCGCCACAGCCGGCGCGGUGGCGCCGAGCUACCCUUUCCCGACGGUGGACGUCCCGGAUCAUGCCCACUACACCAUCGGGGUGGUCAUCCUCGCCGUGGGCAUCACGGGCAUUCUGGGAAACUUUCUGGUCAUUUACGCCUUCUGCAGAAGCCGCAGCCUGCGGACGCCGUCCAACGUGUUCAUCAUCAACUUGGCGGCGGCCGACUUCUUGAUGUGCGCGACGCAGGCGCCCGUCUUCUUCGUCAGCAGCAUGCACAAGCGGUGGAUGUUCGGCAGGAGAGGCUGCGAGUUGUACGCCUUCUGCGGCGCCCUCUUCGGCAUCUGCAGCAUGAUGACGCUGACGGUGAUCGCGGUGGACCGCUACGUGGUGAUCACGCGGCCGCUGGCCUCGCUGGGGGCCAUGUCCCGCAGGAAAGCGCUGGGCAUCGUGGCGGCGGCCUGGCUGUACUCCGCGGGCUGGAGCUUGCCGCCAUUCUUCGGCUGGAGCGCUUACGUCCCCGAAGGCCUCAUGACGUCGUGCUCGUGGGACUACAUGACGUUCACGCCGGCCGUUCGCUCCUACACCAUGCUGCUCUUCACCUUCGUCUUCUUCAUCCCGCUCUUCGUCAUCAUCUUCUGCUACUGCCGCAUCUUCCGGGCCAUCCGGCACACCACCAGGGCCUUCGGGAAGAUCAACUGCGAGGGCAGCAGGGAGUCGGCCAAGCGCUUCCACAAGCUGAAGAGCGAAUGGAAGAUGGCCAAGAUCGCCCUCGUCGUCAUCCUGCUCUUCAUCAUCUCCUGGGCGCCGUACUCCUGCGUCGCGCUCACCGCCUUCGCCGGGUAUGCACACCUGCUGACCCCCUACAUGAACUCCGUCCCGGCAGUGAUCGCCAAAGCGUCAGCCAUCCACAAUCCCAUCAUCUACGCAAUCACGCACCCCAAGUACAGGUCGGCCAUCAGCCGCUACGUGCCCUACUUGGGGGCGCUGCUGUGCGUGCGGGUGCGCGACCGCCUGAGCAGCAGCAGCUUCCAGUCCACCCGCCGCUCGACGCUCACCAGCCAAUCGGAGACCCACCGCCACGGCAAGCCCGCCCGCUCCUCGCAGUCGGACAGCGAAUCGGCCCGCUUCUCCGACAUGGACGACGACAGCUCCGUCCGAGCGCCCGCGAACCCGCCGUUGCCCUGCGACGUCAAACACGGGCCCCGUUCCAGCCAGAGGUUAAAGAGCGUCACAGAGGCCGAGGACAUCUCCAUGUGGGACCUCGGUCUCCUGCCGAAGACGCACCUUCCUGCCAGUCUCCUGAGGGCAGCGGACGAGUUCGCCCCGCGGACGGCGAGCAAGACGCCGCCGGCGCCCGCCGUCAUCGUCACGUCCAUUUCCAGCCCGCCGAUACUCCACAGCCUGCCCGGUUUCCACGGCAACCACAGCAAAAGCUCCAAGGCGUCGCUCGACAUCGCCCGUCUGGACACGGCCACGCCCACAGCGUGAGCGCCGUCACGGCGACAGACGCGUUUGUAAAUGUGGAUUUUUUUAUUUUAUUUUUAUUUUAAAAUGGGAGCAUGCUAUCUGCUAGCAAUGCUAAUUCAACACCCCAGCAAAACGAGGCCGCAAAGAUCGUCUGUGCUUCCCUAGCGUCAUCCGGCACAUCGUGAAUUACCGUAAUUUACGGCCUACAAACCGCAAAUUUUUUCACACGCUUUCAACCCUGCGGUUUAUGCGGUGAUGCGGCGCUAGUGUUAGUGCGGGGCUAGCGUUAGCGCAGGGCUAGCGUUAGCGCAGCGCUAGCAUUAGCGAAGUUUUUUUUUUUGCACAAUAGAAAAAACAUAGAACUAGCUACGCACUUUUCUGGCUGCGCGAAUUCUUCUUAAGAGAUUCGGGCACAUUUUUGCCAGAUACUCAGGGUGGAGAAAGCCUGAAACGGGGACCUUCCCUGGCAAAUUCAGUCGUCCGUACAUUCGCCCGACAACUUUUGCACAUUUGUUCUUGGGGUAUGUCCGGCGCCCCAGGAAGCUGAAAUGUCACACUGCACAUGAAGUUUGAUGACAUACGCCCAAAACACGUUGCGAAUUUUUUUUUUCCGAAAGCUGAUCAAAGAGGCGCUGUGGUCGUACUUAAUAUUAAUUUGUGGAGAAUAUCAACGCCAACUUCAAACUGGCAGCGGCUUUGAAAAGUGGCAAAUACAUUCAUCGUACAUCAUUCACCUUACUUCAAGCUAUCAGAUAAUCAUGAUGGCUGCCAGGGAAAAAAAAUGAAGUGAAAUUGGUCCUCCUCGCCAGUAGUUGGCGCUACACUAUGGCGAUUUGACACUUUAGGCCAGGGGUGCCAAACUCAUUUUUGUCGCGGGCCACAUUGUAGUUACGGUUUCCCUCAGGGGGCCGUUAUGACAAAAACCAUCAUCUUUAAUUGCCUCAUCAUAUUUACACAUGAAAUCUAUAAAUUAGUUUUUAAUUUGAGAUUAAGUAUAAUGGGGUUUUGAAACAUUAUUCAUAUUUUGUAACACAAAAAAAUGCGUUAACAUUAUCAUUUAUUUGAAAUUUUUGUCCAGAUUUUCAUAGGAAUCACGGAAGUUGACGCAAAUGAUUUGCCUCUGCGGGCCGCAUAAAAUGACACGGCGGGCCAGAUCUGCCCCCCGGCCCUUGAGUUUGACACCUGCGGUGUAGGCAAUCAUCGUGUGUGUUAUUAACAGAAAAAAAAAUGUAUUCAUUGCAAGAAAUUGUGUUAAUUGAAAUUUGAUGUAUCAAAACAACUACUGCUAUCAGUACCCUGGAUCGGCAGAGUACUCGAGUGAACUGGUGUUCUGGUCUGGAAAAAAAAAAAAAAAAAAGGGAUGUUUAACAUCCCGAGUUGUAUAGUUAAUAAUUCGUAUUUAUUUGUUUAUAUGCCGGUCUGUCAAAAUGUAUAAAAUCUUAAAAGUAACUCUGGAUUUUUACUUACUUACUUCUAUUGGCUUUAUUUCAUACAGAUUUGUUUGAAAUGCUUUUCUUCAAAGUGAAUUGUAGCAACAGCGGUCCACAAGUCCCGAUUGGCCCACCAAAACAUUCAAAACAUAAAAAAAAAGUAUUUUCACUUUUCAUGUCUGCGUUACCAUUUUCUUGAAUUUUAUUUAUAUUCACGCCAGACAUUUUGUUUGGCCGCGAAAAAAAAAAAAAUGCAAACUUUCUUGUUAUUGUUACAAUUUGUGGACAAAGGUUUUUUGAGACCUUGUGGUCAGUUCGGGGGGGCAAACGUUAUGCUUAAUUAAACAAAGAAUUAUUCAGAAUUAGUCCAUUUUCAUUGCAGUGUACAGUCAAAAAUUUUGAUUUGUGGCGGGAAAUUACACAAUUGAAAUAAAUCCUAAAAUAUACACACAUUAAACAAAAUUGAUUUAAGUGUAUGUAAAUUUAUUUUUCAAUUUUUUUUGUUCUUUACACUGUAACAGCAAAUUAUUUAAUGACCCCGAUACAUGAAAAAAAAAUUGAAUACCAAAAAAAUAACUCAAUAUGUAACAAUAUAAAAUUUCUUUUAAUUGAAAAAAAAUCACAAUAUUUUUAUAUUACUUGUACAACUAUUUAAAUUAGAAUUAAAUGACCAAUUAUUUGAUAAAAUCUGUGCAAUAUAUGUAAAUUGUUUUCUGAAUCCCGUGCUUUAUUUUAAUACAAAAAAAUUAUUUGAGAUAAAUGAAUGGAAAAAAAUGACAAAAUAAAUGCCUAAAUUAAUGCAAAAAAUAAAAUUAUUUACUGCCCCAAAUAAAUAGUAGUUCAUGAUCAUCUUUGUAUUACUUAUAGUGAUUGAAUUAUUCUGUUUUAAAAAUGGAACUGGAAUGUACUAUAUGUAUUAUUUUUAAUUUUUACAAUCGAUCAAUAGACCGGUUAUUUAUUGAGAUGUGUGAAUAAAAACAUGCCAGUGUAAUUCAAUACAUUUUAAUGAACCAAAUUUCAGGAGGAAAUGGCCCAAUUAAUGUGGCCUAAAUAUACAAGACUGUUGCUCAUGUAAAUACUCGCUGGUUGCUCCAUUUAAAAAAAUAAUAACUAAAUAAAUGCCCAAUGUGAGCAAAAGUAUUGGGAUGUAUUGCACAUUUGGUGGACAAAAAUAUUGGGACAGUGGUUGUUGUUCUACAAAACACGCUGCGCACAUAUCGUUGACCGUUUACCGUGGAGCACUGAGCCGUCAUCACUGUUUUUUUUUAUUUUCCGCCAUUUUCCUUGUCCCGACUGUACAGAAUCGUUUCGCAAAAGAUGUAAAUAUGAUGUAUAGUGUCACCCAGGUGUAUAUUGUGCUCCCGCAAAGUCCCGUUUUGUGUUGGGUUUUUUUUUUUUUUAGGUACAAAAAUGUCUUUGAUGGUUGUUUUUAUUUAUUUUUCUAAAUAAAAUUGUUGCU